AUGGAGUCGAGUCAAGUGAAGAUAGACGCCGUUAGACGCGAAAACGAACGAUUGAAAAUUAAAAUAUCGCAAAUGACGAAAGAUUGCGACUCUCUGAAGAUGCAAAUCCACGAUCAUUCAGCUCGACUCGACCAAAUUCACCAUCAGCCACGAAAAUCCGCGAGCCCUGACGAGCAAGCGGAUGACCUCAAUAUUGCUUUGAGCCUCGGGAGAUUUUCCAGUGAUUCGACGUUCGCCGAGCGGGAAAUUAUAGAUAUCAAUCACGAAAUUAAAGAAAGUGGAAAGGACCGACCAAGCAAUCUCGGAAAACUCGAACUGGGUCUCGACUGCAAGUCUCGCUCACGAGAUAGCUUUCUUGACGAACCGAAGGCGGAAGAAAAUUACGCGUCCGAGUGCAAAAGCCGAAAAGCUUCACAAAGCGGAUGGGAAGAUCACGAGAUCAAUUUGGAAAUGAACCCUUUGAAGAGGCCUAGGGUUUCCAUUAGGGCUAUGUGUGACACCCAAAAUAUGAAUGAUGGAUGCCAAUGGAGAAAAUAUGGACAGAAAAUAGCAAAAGGGAACCCAUGCCCACGAGCCUAUUAUCGGUGCACGGUUUCCCCGUCUUGCCCGUGUAAUCAUCACAAAGCCUCGUCGAAAUCCCAGGUUUCUUGUAGCAUUGAACCAGUUAUUCCUUGUGACGAAACCGGUGAUAACACACACAUUCCACUAUUCGGCGAGCACCUAUCACUUUUUCUCGCUUAG